GAAGCUUCUGUGGGGCUUUGUUUUGUUCAAACCUUUUAAUUGACUAAUGGCAUGGCUAGCAGCUUGGAUCUGGUCCUCUUUAACAUCCCUUUAACUAUAGACGACACCUUCUUUCUCCACUACAAUCCACAUAAAAUAUAGCCAAUCCAAAGCUUACCUCUCAAUCUAAAACACACCUUGUAUACCAAAACAGGAUUCAGAAUUUAUGAUCAGAUGUUGAGCUCAUUCAUCUGUGGCAGUUUUAAGAAUCAAUUGGAGGUAGAAGAGGAAUCAUGGAACAGCCCUUCUUCAACACCAGAAAGAUCAAGCCCUUCUGCAACACCAGAAAGAUCAAGCCCUUCUGCAACACCAAGAAAAUCAAGAAAGAGUUCCAAGACUAGCAAGAAUAGCAAGAACCCGUAUUCGUCCCGUGGCCUUGACAAGUUCUCUGCACUUCUAGCGGAACUUGAAGAGAAAAAGCAGAAGAUAUAUUCACAGAUGGGGCCUGAAGAUGUACCCAUGGUUCGUUUCGUCUACUCAAGUUCAAAUGAUUGUAUUCCUCUUAUAAUCAAGGUUAAAGAUCAAAAGCAAGACAAACCCAGGAUCAGUAGCGCUAAUGAUAUCAAAGAAAACCCCAACACUCGCAACAAUGAAGGCUUGGAUAAGUUGCCAAUAGAGGCACCAGUUGAAGAGAAACAAGUCGAGCAACCAAGAUUGGAAGCUGCUAAAAAGACUGAGAAGAAAUCUUUUACAUGGAACAUGAAGUUGCACCGAUGGCGAAGACCUUAUUAUUAUAUGCCAGUUGCUCUCAUCUUGAUUUUGUUAUUGGUGGUUCUGUUUGGGCGUUCAGUUGCUAUAUUAUUGACCUCUCUUGCCUGGUAUAUAGUCCCUGCAUUGAGUACAAAAAAGCCAUCACAGAAGAAAGAUUAUGUCAGAAGAUUAAGUGAGCCCAAGAUGAUGAUUAAUCAUGGGAUAUCUUCUCCAGCGAGAAAGAGUACUGGCUCUUCGGCCGAUAAAUGGCCUCGACGACAUGGGCAGCGAAAAAGCUUCUGAAUAUGAAGUGUGGGGGCAAAGAGCAACUUCUACUUCUAACUAAAGGAGAACAGCCGGCAGUGCAAGCAAAUACAGAGCCUCCGCCCGUUUGAGUCGUUGCGAGCCGGAAAGCGUACCAGCAGAAAGUAUGAACAAACUAGCUACACUACUAUAACACCUAACUAUUAAAUUAGAGAAAAAAAAUUAAAAGUUAUUUAGAAAUAGAAUAAUACUUUAAUUGAAACUUCAUAUUCAAAUAUAUUAUUUUUUUUCAUUUAUAACACUGAAAAAGUAGUUUUUCAAAUUCAUAGUAAAUUUAGAAAUUAGAUUUUUAGAUUUUCUCCACAGUUUUUCUUUAAAGAUUUUUCACUGUUUU